AUGUCGCAGUACUGCAAGAUGAAAGAGGCAGCAUACAUGGCUAAUCGACACGUCUUCUCGAGUGGGAUCAUCAGCAAUGCGGUACAGGCUGCAGGGGCGGCUGUGCAAGAGGACUUGCAUUCGAAGUCCACGCUCGUCGACGCUGUGGGGGAAGGCACACCGAGCCAGUCUUAUCUUCAAAGAGGGACCAAUCCUGAUAAGCAGCCACAGAUCGCGCGCAGCUCGGGCUGGGCCAUACUGUACCUCAAAGCAGACGACAGUAGCGCAUUGUGGAAGUGGAUGUUUGAGAGACGGACUGGCUCACGCCGCGCCGGGGACCAUGACGGAGGAAGACAAGUUGCAGGGUUCCGCGACGCUCCUCGCGUGCGCGGGACCGCGGGGUUCUCCGUGGCAACAGGCGGAUGUGGCACAACAUGA